AUGGACCCUUCAUUAGCCCCUAAUUUUGUUCCACCAUCUGAACAACACCCUUCUCAACGGGUCCCAAGACCUCUUCCUCAUUACCUUAUUCCAAAUCUUUCACCUAUCCAGCCCUAUGUGCUUGAAGAUUACCACAUGUCUGAAAUUGAUGCUCCUCUUCCAAGAACCCCUUCCAUAUCCUCAAUUAGUGAUGCAUUUUCAGGUACUGUUGUUGGUGUAGGUGCUCCAGGUUCUUUCACUCCAAGCUCUUCUUCUUGUUCAGUUUCAGGCAAAGCUUCUCCUUUAACUGAUCUUGCUAGAUCAAGAAGACCUUCAAACUCGGAAUCUUCACAACCAACACAUUCUCUUAGCAUGCAUCUUCAUCAUCAACGAGUCGCCACUCAACUUCGCAGACUUGAGUCCUGUACAAACUCAAAUAUGGGAUCUGGAUCUCUUCCUGUGUCGCUGUCGUCGUAUUGUUCUACGGUUGCGUCAUCUCCAGGUUGUCCAUCUUCACCACACUUGCAGCAGCAGCAGCAGCAGCAGCAGCAGCAGCAUCAAAUUUCGUCAAUUUACCUUAACCAUGAACGUGAACAUAAUAAUGAACAUAAUAAUGAAAAUGAUGAUGUUGUUGUUUCCAGGGUUUCGGACUCUAAUGCUGCUACUCCCUCCACUUCUUUGGCUGACUCCAUGGCUGGACUUUCUAUAACAAGCCGCGGUAAUAUUAAUCCUUCUAUUGAACCAUCAUCUUCUUCUUCUUUCUAUUCUUCUUCUCCAGCUGCGUUAUUAUCGUCUUCUUCGGCUUCUUCGUCACUGUCAUCGUCAUCAUCGUCGUCGUCGUCGUCAUCGUCGUCGUUGUCUCCUUCAUUAGCAAAGUCUACGACCGGUACUUGUAACUUUUUAAAACCUGCAAGUCUCCUGAGCAACUGCCUCGGUGAGGACCCGGCAGUGUUACAAUUACAGUUACAAAAUGUCGCACCUUCUUCUUCUACUUCUUCUUUGACUUCUUUAACUUCUUUGACUUCUUUGACAUCUUUGACUUCUGCUGGUACAACCUCAACCGCAAUCGCAACCGACAACGACAAACCCGCUUUACCUUUUUCUACUUCUGAUUUUUCUUCAGCCGUCACUUCUGCCGCUGCCGUCACUGCUGAUGCUGUUUUUCCCUCUUCUUCUUCUUUUCCUCAAUCUCAUCUUCCGCAACCCAACAACAAUUACAACAACAACAGCAACAACAGCAGCACCCACCACCACCACCACCACCACCAGGACAAAAAUCUCCUCCUCCUCCACCAAAAUCUUCAAACCCCCCGCUCGUUUAACUCUUCUUUUUCUUCUCCCUUCCCUUCUUCCUCUUCUACUUCUACUUCUUCUUCCUCUUCCUCUUCUUCCUUUCCUAAUAAAUCCACUUUUACAUCUACUCAAAAGCCCUUUUUGACUUCAAAAAUGACCAGUGCUGCUGCUGCUGCUGCUGCUGCUGCUGCUGCUGCUGCUACUACUACUUCUACUGCUGGAACUGCAACUGUCGCCGUUCCCGCACACAACCCGAGCCCCGACAAUAAUCUUGCCUCGGCUCUUCCCAUAUCCCCUUCCUCUCAAACAAAUAAUAAUAAUAACAAUAAUAAUACCAUUCCACUGAAACAGCCAAAUCAACAAAAUGGCACCAUCUCAGGUGACAAAUUAAUUAAAGAUGAUGGUUAUAAUAAUGAUAAUAAUGUUCAAAUCAACAAUAACCAUACAAGUGGAUCAAAAACAGCCGCCCAUUCUUCUUCUCCUUCUUCGUCAUCUCACAAUGACAAAUCUGUAACUGCAGCCUUAUCUCAACAGCCUUCCUCCAUCAUCAGCAUUUCCCCUGGAUAUUCUUCUUCAGAAACUCCUAAAUCUGCUCAACCACAUCUGGCCCAUAAAUCCUCGGCUGAUAGUGUCGGGUCCUCCGUCCCUUCCAACGUCUCCGGGUCCCCCACUCCUGUCCCCGCAGAAAUCCCCCGGAUCCCCUCAGAACUCUACCGCGCUACAACCCCACCACCUACUGUCUCGGCCAUUGAUGAUUCUGACGAAAUUUCAAAACAAACCAUCUUACCACCACCACCACCACAGCAACAGCAACAGCAACAAAAACAACAGGACCAUUUGUCUGUUUCAUCUUCUUCCUCCUUCCCAAAUGAAAAUGACAUUGCUAGCAUAACUACCCCAGCAGCCUUUUGCCACGAUGAUGCACCAUUCCCACGCUUGGGACCAGCCCAUAGUGAUAUAGGUCCAGACAAAAUUAACACUGGCUGCUCUCCUACAGACCAAAGUUUUGUUCCUCAAACCCCUCCUGUCCCCACAAUGCCAACAAUACCACACUCUUGUUCCUCUUACAACUCCACUUACAAAUCAAGCAGAUCUAAUUCUCAUACAAAUCCCCAUCGCACCGCCUUUUACUACGAUGCAGAUGACGCUGGUAAUAAUGGAUCCCCAUACACUCUAGAGGCUGCAACAGGCGGUGCACGACCAGUUGUUCAUUCGGCAGACCUCGAGGAAGUUCCGCUUGGCGUCACAAGACAAGCCCGCAGUCUAGCGGACUACAAAUUCCCGACCCACCGCCUCGCCCGCGUCAUGCAGGACGAAACUAAGUCGCCUCUUGUGAUUGUCGCGUGCGGCUCUUUCUCCCCCAUUACCUAUCUUCAUCUCCGAAUGUUUGAGAUGGCCAUGGACUCGAUCCGUGAGCAAACCCGGUUUGAGGUCAUUGGUGGAUACUACUCGCCGGUUUCAGAUAACUAUAAAAAACAAGGGCUGGCUGCAGCAAAGCACCGGGUACGUAUGUGUGAAUUGGCUUGCGAGCGGACAUCCUCUUGGCUCAUGGUGGAUGCCUGGGAAUCUUUACAGCCUACGUACCAGCGCACGGCCGUUGUACUGGACCAUUUUAACCACGAAAUCAAUAUCAAACGCGGCGGGAUCUCGACAUCCUCUGGCCGCCGUAAGGGUGUCAAGAUUAUGCUGCUGGCCGGCGGUGACCUGAUUGAAUCGAUGGGUGAGCCCAAUGUAUGGGCUGAAGACGAUUUGCACCAUAUUCUAGGUCGUUACGGGUGUUUGAUUGUGGAACGUACAGGAUCUGAUGUGCGCUCAUUCUUGCUUUCUCAUGAUAUCAUGUACGAACACCGUCGAAAUGUUCUUGUUAUCAAGCAGCUCAUUUACAAUGAUAUUAGUUCGACCAAGGUGCGUCUUUUUAUCCGCCGUGGUAUGAGUGUCCAGUACCUUAUCCCCAAUAGUGUUAUCAGGUACAUCCAAGACCACGGCUUAUACAUUCACGAGACUGAGCCCGUUAAGCAAGUUUUAUCUGAGAAGGGAGAUUAG